GUGCAUGUGUGUGUAAAUGGCUCCUCCUGCCACUGAAAAUCGAAAUCGGAGCUCUCGGAUCGGAGUGUUUGGACAGUAAAAACAGCUCCCUCGGAGCUCAGAUCGAGCAAAUUCCCUGUGCAAUGCACGUUAGGUGUUUAUUUACAUUUUCUGAACCCACGACAGAGUAAAGAUCCAAAGGAACGGGCUGCAGCGGUGUGUGUUUUAACCUGAAACCCGUCAAAUGAACUCCGUCAGAGCGACCAACCGCAGACCGCGGCGAGUGUCGAGGCCGCGCCCGGUGCCGCCGGACAGAAACAACGCAGAAAGAGAUGAGGAAGUUCCUGCCGAGAUGGUCGCAGAAGAAUCUGUUCAAGGAGCUCAGAAUAGUCCGUACCAACUUCGAAGAAAAUCUCUGUUACCGAAGAGAACCGCUUGUCCAACAAAGACCAACAUGGAGGGUGCUUCCACGUCAACAACAGAAAACUUUGGGCAUCGGGCGAAACGGGCCAGAGUGUCGGGAAAAUCACAAGAUCUGCAUGUCACUCCAGCAGAGCAGUACCUGCAGGUGAAGCUUCCUGAUGAGGUGGUUUUAAAAAUCUUCUCGUACCUGUUGGAGCAGGACCUUUGUCGUGCCGCAUGUGUGUGCAAACGCUUUAGUGAAUUGGCCAAUGACCCCAUCCUCUGGAAGAGACUCUAUAUGGAGGUUUUUGAGUACACACGUCCCAUGAUGCACCCUGAGUCUGGGAAGUUCUUUCAGAUUAACCCAGAAGAGUACGAGCAGUCCAAUCCCUGGAAAGAGAGCUUUCAGCAACUGUAUAAAGGCGCUCAUGUGAAACCAGGCUUUGCUGAACAUUUCUACAGUAACCCAGCCAGAUAUAAGGGACGAGAGAACAUGCUGUAUUAUGACACAAUCGAGGACGCUCUGGGAGGAGUUCAGGAAGCCCAUUUUGACGGUUUGAUAUUUGUCCACUCUGGUAUCUACACAGAUGAAUGGAUCUACAUAGAGUCGCCGAUCACAAUGAUAGGCGCUGCUCCCGGGAAAGUAGCAGAUAAAGUCAUCAUUGAGAACACUAGAGAUUCAACGUUUGUGUUUAUGGAGGGGUCAGAGGAUGCUUUUGUAGGCUACAUGACAAUUAAGUUUAAUCCUGAUGAUAAAUCAGCUCAACAUCACAACGCUCAUCACUGCCUGGAGAUCACAGUCAACUGCAGCCCCAUCAUUGACCACUGCAUCAUCCGCAGUACAUGCACAGUGGGCUCAGCAGUGUGUGUGAGCGGUCAGGGUGCAUCACCCACUAUCAAACACUGUAACAUCAGUGACUGUGAGAAUGUGGGACUCUACAUCACCGACCAUGCACAGGGCAUUUACGAAGACAAUGAGAUAUCCAACAAUGCACUAGCUGGGAUCUGGGUGAAAAACCAUGGCAACCCCAUCAUCAGACGGAACCACAUCCAUCACGGGAGAGAUGUUGGGGUGUUCACGUUUGACCACGGAAUGGGCUACUUUGAAAGCUGCAACAUCCACAGGAACCGGAUAGCAGGUUUCGAGGUCAAGGCGUAUGCUAACCCUACAGUAGUACGCUGUGAGAUCCAUCACGGUCAGACGGGAGGCAUCUACGUACACGAGAAGGGUCGAGGACAGUUCAUCGAGAACAAGAUCUAUGCAAACAAUUUUGCGGGCGUGUGGAUUACCUCCAACAGCGACCCCACAAUUAGGGGUAACGCAAUAUUCAAUGGCAACCAAGGUGGUGUUUACAUUUUUGGUGAUGGCAGAGGUCUCAUUGAAGGGAAUGACAUCUAUGGCAACGCUUUAGCUGGGAUUCAGAUCCGGACCAACAGCUGCCCGAUUGUCCGGCACAACAAGAUCCAUGACGGGCAGCAUGGAGGAAUCUAUGUGCAUGAGAAGGGUCAGGGAGUGAUCGAGGAGAAUGAGGUGUACAGUAACACACUGGCUGGUGUCUGGGUGACCACAGGCAGCACACCUGUUCUCCGCAGAAACAGAAUACACAGCGGUAAACAGGUCGGCGUUUAUUUCUACGAUAAUGGUCAUGGUGUAUUAGAAGACAAUGACAUCUACAACCACAUGUACUCUGGAGUUCAGAUCAGAACCGGAAGCAAUCCCAAAAUUAGGAGGAAUAAGAUCUGGGGUGGACAGAAUGGAGGAAUCCUUGUUUACAAUUCAGGUUUAGGCUUUAUAGAAGACAAUGAGAUCUUUGAUAACGCCAUGGCUGGAGUUUGGAUCAAGACGGACAGCAACCCAACACUCCGCAGAAACAAGAUCCACGAUGGCAGGGAUGGAGGAAUCUGUAUAUUCAACGGAGGACGAGGUUUGUUGGAAGAGAAUGAUAUCUUCAGGAAUGCUCAGGCAGGAGUUCUCAUUAGCACCAACAGUCACCCUGUGCUUCGCAAGAACAGGAUAUUCGACGGUUUUGCUGCUGGUAUUGAGAUUACCAACCAUGCAACCGCAACUUUAGAAGGCAAUCAGAUCUUCAACAACCGUUUUGGCGGGCUGUUCCUUGCAUCUGGUGUCAAUGUCACAAUGAAAGAUAACAAAAUCAUGAACAAUCAAGAUGCGAUUGAAAAAGCUGUGAGUAGAGGUCAGUGCCUGUACAAGAUUUCCAGUUACACCAGCUAUCCAAUGCAUGAUUUUUACAGGUGUCACACCUGUAACACAACAGACCGUAACGCCAUCUGUGUGAACUGUAUCAAGAAAUGCCAUCAAGGACACGAUGUAGAAUUUAUUAGACAUGAUAGGUUUUUCUGUGACUGUGGCGCUGGGACUUUGUCGAACCCUUGCACGCUAGCUGGAGAGCCGACUCACGACACAGACACGCUGUACGAUUCGGCCCCUCCUAUAGAGUCCAACACACUGCAGCACAACUGAAGCAGAAUGCAUCAGCAAACAGACUCUAUGUGCUCAGUCCAGUGCUAACGAGAUUACACGCUAGAAAUAAUUCAAUUUUAUAUAUAUAUAUAUAUAUAAAAACAGAACUCUGAAAAAGGAAUUAAUGCAUUAUUGUGUACACUUGGACAUGUUGAGAGGAAACAUUUCUAUUUAAACAAAUGAAAAAAAAUUACAUUCUGCUGUGGACUUGGUGACCCUUUCCCCCCCAUACCAUUUUUGCAAGCGAUUGUUUCAAGAUCCGGACAGUUGCGAUACUCUUGGCUGCUCGUAUCACGUACCAGAAGGUGGUGACUCAGGAUUUACGGAUGACAGAUGUGGACAGUAGAGUGCAGUUCUUAAGAACCUCGCACGAGACGAAAGUCUGAGACAUACGAGAGUUACGGCUGCUUUGAAACCAGACCCAGCCCGUAUAGACUCGCAGUGCUUCCCAUGCAGCGGUCACCGUGCUAGUGUAUAUGUACGGAGAGAAAAAAAAGACCCAGCACUUCAGUUUUGAUUUUGUUUUUUUAAAGACAUUUUAUUGAGGUUUGAUUUUAAUGCUUUCUAAUGUAGUUUUGUAUUUGAGCAAAAAAUCUUAAAUGUACUUGAAUGUCUUUUUAUUUUAUUAAGUAUAUUAAUUUCGGGGUUGUUUAUACCUUAGUCUUGCUGUUAUUGUUCUCAUGUCGCAGGAUGUAUGUUCUUUCUGUGAAAGAGAUUUGAGGAAAAAAACAUUGAGAAACACUAAGUAUUCUCCAGUAAUGUUUUGAGUUGAAAGGAGUGUUGACGUGAUGUAAAAGUGUUUUCACAAGGCUGGUUGCGCAAUCAUUUGUGAAUUAAAGUGAAUUAAAAAUGUUUAUCCCCGCCCCUCUAUCCUGAUUCGAUGACAGCAGGAAAAUUUUGAAGUAGUCCUAGAGUUUGUGGCCGUUGCUUAAAAGACGCCAGACUUGUGAAAGCAUCGUGUUCUCGUGUCAUUUCACUCUGAAUGCAGUGAGUGAGGUGACGUGUGAGAGAAAACAACAUUGCUGGAGCCGUUAAAAAGGCUUCUUGCUCAUUUGAAGCUCUUGAUGUUUAUCUGUACAGCUUUUUUGUGCUUAUUUUUUGCCCCUCCAUCCAUCUGUAUUUGGUGACUGUGGGUUCUCAUACAGCCUGAAUUGUAUGCAUGUUCCAUGACAUCUAGACUUAAUAUAUUGUUAAGUAAUCAAUAACCAUUAUGUAGCUGUUAGUAAUUAAUCAAAAGGUUUAAUUUCCUAGUCAAAGAGGAACAUGUUACAUUUUUAAAAAUAAACUUUAUUAGAUCAUUUCA